AUGGUUUUGCUGAAACUAUCAAUCUUGUUGUGUAUGAUAUUGUUUAGCCCUUCCCUUUCAGGGGCUACUUCUCCCACCAACAUAUUCAUCCUGGCCGGUCAGAGCAACAUGGCUGGUCGAGGUGGGGUAGAGAAAAUUCAAAACGGGAAACUUGUGUGGGAUGGAAAGGUCCCAUUGGAGUGUCAAUCCGACCCAUCCAUCCUACGGUUGAACCCUGAGCGCCAAUGGGAGAUAGCACAUGAACCUCUCCAUUUGGGGAUUGACAUUAGUCACACUCCAGGGAUUGGUCCGGGGAUACCGUUUGCUCACCAGUUCAAAGAAAAAGCUGGACAAAAGGCAGGCACCGUGGGUUUAGUUCCUUGUGCUAGAGGUGGCACUUUAAUUGAACAAUGGAUAAAAAACCCUAGCAAUCCUAGUGCAACUUUUUACCAAAAUUUCAUUGAACGAAUUAAAACAUCAGAAAAAGAAGGUGGAGUUGUGCGUGCUUUGUUUUGGUAUCAAGGAGAAAGCGAUGCGGCUAUGAAUGACACCGCUCAAAGAUACAAAGACAACUUAAAGAAGUUCAUCACCGACAUCCGCAAUGAUAUAAAACCUAGAUUUUUACCGGUCAUUAUUGUUAAGAUAUCCAUGUAUGACUUUUUUAUGAAGCACGAUACUCAUAACUUGCCGGCAGUGAGAGCAGCUGAAGAUGCAGUCCAAAAAGAGCUUCCAGACAUCAUUACUAUCGACUCUCGGGAGUUGCCUAUAAACUUGACCACAUUUGAAGGCUUUUCGUGGGAUCAUGGUCAUUUUAACACGGAAACAGAAAUUGUUUUGGGUAAAUGGUUGGCAGACACAUAUCUCGCCCACUAUGGUCAUUUACUUUGA